AGAAUUCGGACGCCAGAAGAAGCAGUCAAAGAGGCUCCGCGGGAGGGUGUUUUGUAACAAAGGCAAGAGCUCCAGGUCUCCCCCAGAGCCAGGUGCAGGUGAAGGAGGCAGUUGGAUAGGCCUGCAACUCCUGACAGUAUGGAUUAUAAAUCCAGCCUGAUCCAGGAUGGGAACCCAAUGGAGAACCUGGAGAAGCAGCUCAUCUGUCCCAUCUGCCUGGAGAUGUUUACCAAGCCUGUGGUCAUCUUGCCUUGUCAACACAACCUCUGCCGGAAGUGUGCCAAUGACAUCUUCCAGGCUGCAAAUCCCUACUGGACCAACCGGGGUAGUUCGGUGUCCAUGUCUGGAGGCCGUUUCCGCUGUCCCUCCUGCCGCCAUGAAGUGAUCAUGGAUCGUCACGGAGUGUACGGCUUGCAGAGGAACCUGCUGGUAGAGAACAUCAUCGACAUCUACUGCCUCACUUGCGAGGUGCCCACCUGCUCCAUGUGCAAGGUGUUUGGGACCCACAAGGCCUGUGAGGUGGCCCCUCUGCAGAAUGUCUUCCAGGGACAGAAGAUGGAACUGAGUAACUGUAUCUCUAUGCUGGUGGCGGGGAACGACCGUGUGCAGACCAUCAUUACUCAGCUUGAAGACUCCUGUCGAGUCACCAAGGAGAACAGUCACCAGGUGAAGGAAGAGCUGAGCCAGAAGUUUGAUGUACUGUACGCCAUCCUAGAUGAGAAGAAGAGUGAGUUGCUGCAGCGAAUCACAGGGGAUCAGGAAGAAAAGCUCAGCUUCAUCGAGGCCCUCAUCCAGCAGUACCGGGAGCAGCUUGACAAGUCCACCAAGCUGGUGGAGACAGCCAUCCAGUCCCUGGAUGAGCCUGGUGGGGCUACCUUCCUCUUGAGUGCCAAGCAACUCAUCAAAAGCAUCGUGGAAGCUUCCAAGGGUUGCCAAUUGGGGAAGACAGAGCAGGGCUUUGAGAACAUGGACUACUUUACUCUGGACUUGGAGUAUGUAGCAGACACCCUGAAGGCCAUCGACUUUGGAAUAGAUGAGGAAGAGGAAGAAGGCAUUGAAGAAGAAGAGCAAGAUGAAGAAGAACCCACAGAAGGGAAAGAAGAAGGGCACCAGUAA